GCCGUUUCCGGUCACUGAAAACGCCGCUCUACUUUGCAGUAAAACAGUCUGCAUUAAACAGUCGGAGAGUGUUUCAGACUUUAGACAGGGGGAAACGAGAAGGUCUCACAAAUGGCUAAAAGUGAUGGCAGUUCAUAUUUCAGGAGGACCAGUCUCUUCUGGAUAGUAACUGUAACUCUGUCUAUGGGCUACUACACAUGGGCCGUGUUUCGGCCACAGCAAAUCCCUUAUGACACUUUGGGGCCACUCGGUGACCUCACACAGUAUCUGGUCAAAGAAUAUCACGGUAUCAUGUACAAGGGAUGGUGGAUUUCUUGGGCUGUCCAUCUGUGUGAAGCUCUGCUGGCACUGAAAGUAUGCAGUGAUAAAGGCAUCGACAGUCCAUCAACACGGCUCCUGUGGUUUGUUCAGACCGUUUUGUUUGGCUUCGCAUCUCUGGGCUUGCUCCUCAAAUACAAGGCCGGCGGGCGCGCCAAACGGCACUGAGCAGCUGCAGACAUGCACAGCUCCGAAACGGCACAGAAAAGGAUAUAUCAGGAUUCAAGCCUUCCAAUCAAAUACAAAUAUGUGGACCAUAUUUCAAAAACAAAGUAUUCUGAUCUAUGAAACAGAACCGGAUAGCACAGUGAAAGUUCUGGACAGUAACACAAGCUCUUAAGGCAAUACUCCUUAAAUGCAAGAUAUAAAUAAUAACCCCAAUACAUAAGCUAGAAUUAUUAGCUUUACUGUAGAUGCUCUUCCAGUCUUUGGCCCAGUUUUAGAACAGUGAAACUAUGUGCCUUCCAUUCAUAAGCGUAAUCAUUUGUACUGUACAUGUUACUGUACAUGACAUUCUCCAUCACCACCUCUCGAGUCAUCUGGUUGAAACUGAGUUUAGAUAUGAAUUUAAGGCCCUGUUGUUCCCUACACCAACUGUGCCUGUGAAUUUAAGCUCUCAUUGGGUGGGAGUUACAUCAUUUUAGUUUGGCAGUUAGCAAUUUCACAGAGACAUGAUUCACAGACUAUGAACUAUGCCUUCACCCACGCAGAUUAUUGGUGCUGUCACAGAUUAGAGAACGGGCCACCUGAAUGGAAAAUGGGUUCGUCAAACAUCGGGAUAAAAUUGGCAAACACGAGUAGGACGAUGUUUUUUAAAAUAGUAUUGAAGACAAUUGCUUUGGAAUAUAGAGAUGGUGCUUUUGUAAUCUCAGACACAAUGCUUGAACACAAUGACAGUCAAAAAGUUUCUUCAUUUGAUUUUUAUAAUAAUUUUAUGUUAAUAAAUAGAGCGGUUGGAAUGAAAGUAACAAAUAACACAUUAGUAUUUAAGUAAUAUUUCUAAAAUGAAGUUGUUGAGCAGCCCUAAAAAUAAAAAUAAUCCUUUUUCACGAUUACUCUGUGAUGUAGGUCAGCUUCUUCCAAGAAGUCCCAGCAUUAAACUGGCUGAGGCUGGUCUUAACCAGACUGUUUUCCAAAAUGCCCUCAAUUACUCCUAGAACCGAAUUUGUGUCACCUUGGAAGUUAAUACUUUUGCAUGCCAGAUGACCGUGUUUUGAAACACUACAUUAAGCGAAAUAUACCUGCAUAAACUGUUUGGUGCAGCUUCUUGUUCAAUUUCCUGCAGAACCUGAGGCAUGUAGUCCAGCUAUAUCACAGCAGGGCACAAGUCUGACAUCCUCUAUUAAUCACAGCACACUGGCUAGAGGGAAACAUCAGGGUACAGGUUUUUCUGACGUGUGAUACACAGCAUUCCUUACAUUGAAGAAAAAGAAGAAGAAAUGUGAUUUUUUAAAUGGGUUUAUAAGAAUAAAGCAUAAAUUUAAGAGAUUCUGUACAUUUAUCAUAGAGCUUAUAUGCAGUGGAUUUUUAAAUUAUUAACUGUGAUUAUGUAAGGUUUUUAAUUUUUUUAAUAAAGCAUUCAUUUAACAAGU